AUUCUUUCUUUUUUUUCUCCCCCCCUUCCUUUUUUCCCCCCUCCUCGCUUGGAAGAAAAUAAAAUAAAAAAGGACCGAUCAGGACUCGGUCGGAAGCCCUCCAGCAUGGCCAACGAGUUAAGAGUGUUUCCCCUGGCUUCUGCAGUGAAGAAUUACCCGUGGGGUAAGCAGGGAAGGGACAGCCAAGUGGCCAGGCUCUUAGAAAGCAGUGACCCCAUGGCACAGAUUGACGCCGACAAGCCAUACGCUGAGCUCUGGAUGGGUGCUCAUCCCAAGGGCGAUGCCGUCAUCCUGGAUAACCGCAUUGCCCAAAAGACUUUAAGCCGAUGGAUCGCAGAUAACCCUGCCUGCCUGGGGUCAAAGGUGAAGGACAUCUUUCAAGGUCAGCUGCCUUUCCUCUUCAAAGUGUUGUCGGUCAAUACAGCUUUGUCCAUUCAGGCCCAUCCUAACAAGGAACUGGCAGAGAAACUUCACGCUCAAUAUCCAGAGCACUAUCCAGACACCAAUCACAAGCCUGAGCUGGCCAUUGCCCUAACCCCCUUUGAAGGCCUGUGCGGUUUCCGGCCUGUGGAAGAGAUUGUAGCUUUCCUCCAGCAUGUCCCUGAAUUUCGAGCUCUGAUCGGGAACGUAGCAGCGGAACAACUGGAACGAAGUGGGAGAGAUGACCCCCGUGGCGUGACAGCAGCUCUGAGGGUCUGCUUCACCAGGAUGAUGAAGAGCGAGAAGAAAGUCUUCGUUGAUCACCUCAACCAACUGGUCAAGCGGAUUUCCCAGGAAGCUGCUGCAGGAAAAGAUAUUUCAUCCAGUUGUGGCGAACUCCUUCUCCGGCUACACUCUCAGUACCCAGGCGAUAUCGGCUGCUUUGUUAUCUACUUCCUCAACCAGAUGAAGCUUCAGCCUGGGCAGUGUAUGUUCCUGGGAGCAAAUGAACCUCACGCCUACCUCUACGGAGACUGCAUCGAAUGUAUGGCUUGUUCGGACAACACGGUGCGCGCUGGCCUGACGCCCAAAUUCAUCGACGUUCUGACCCUGUGCGAAAUGCUGAACUACACGCCAGCUCCCGCCAGCUCAAAGUUGCUGCUCCCUGCUCAAAGCCGCCUGGAUCCUUGCGUCUCCCUCUACGACCCCCCCAUUCCAGAUUUUGCUGUCAUGAGGAUAGAGAUCCCUUCCUCCAUUAAGCUGUACCUCAUUUCGGCCAUCGACUCGGCAAGCAUCUUGCUCACGCUCCAAGGUUCUGCCGUCGGCACUUCCACGGCUGCUACAUCUGAAAUGAUUCUACGUCCCGGCACUGUGUUGUUCAUCUCUGCCAACGAGAGUGUCUCCUUGCAUUUUAAUUCCCCGGAGGGAAUGCUCCUCUUCCGGGCUUGCUGCCUCUUGUAAUAAGGGACACCGAGCAAUUUCCCUCCUUAGAGUAACUCAAGAUCAGUAGAAGCUGCCCCUUGGUCUAGAAUAUCUCCAGUUCGUUGUCAUCCUCCCAAGACUGAGGCUCAGGUCACCUAGGAAUAUCAACCGUCUUCUCUCCUUGGUUGGCUUUCGGCCGACGCUCCAUUGCUUCAAAAAUGUAGGGUUGGAAAUGCUUUGGUGGCCCCCGCUGCACCCCUAAGUUGGGGCAUCCGGAGGCCGUGGGCAAUGCUUUUGUUCUGACUUGCCAAAGAACACGAUCUCUCCCAAUA